AUGUGUGCCGAAGCUCACGAUGAAGCUACUAAAUUUAUUUUUACUUUAAAUGCUGCUACAAGGCCAUUUAACAGUCAUUGUCUGAGGAAGGAAGAUUUUCUUCCAAUACUUAUGGAUCUCAUUUUGGUGAAUCCUUUGAAGAAAUUUUUAAAUAAAAAUUAUGUAUUAUUAUUUUUCCAGACACAUCCAGGCCUUCAUUUUUUGAAAGAAGCCCCUCAAUUUUACAGUAAAUAUUGUGAAGUGGUAAUUGUCCGUAUAUUUUGGAAUGUUAACCGUUCUUGGAGUGGUAGAAUAACAGCAAGUGAACUAAGACGUUCAAAUUUUCUACAAACUUUUCGAAUGUUGGAUGAUAUUACAGAUAUUAAUCGAAUAACUGAUUACUUCUCUUAUGAACAUUUUUAUGUUACUUACUGUAAAUUUUGGGAAUUGGACACUGAUCAUGAUAUGGUUAUUUCCAGAGAUGACAUGAAACGUCAUUGCAAUGGAGCCCUUACUGAUCGAAUUAUUGACCGAAUAUUCUCAGCAGCUGUUCUAAGAACUCCCUCAGAACAAAAAACAAUUUCCGGACAAGGCCCUGUAAAGCAGCAACCAAUUGAAACAAUUGGCUUUGAAGAUUUUGUUUGUUUUUUACUUGCUGAAGAAGAUAAAAGGCAUCCUACAAGUGUUGAAUAUUGGUUUAGAUGUAUAGAUUUGGAUGGGGAUGGACAAAUUAGUUUAUAUGAAAUGGAAUAUUUUUAUGAAGCAAUAGAACAAAAAUUAAAUUCAAAAAAUAUGGAAACACUUGCACUUCGAGAUGUUAUUUGCAAUUUAUUAGACUCAAUAUCUUCAUCUAAUGGGUAUUCAAUAACUAGAAGUGAUUUAAAAAGGAGCGGUUUGGCACACAGAUUUUUUAAUACAUUUGUAAAUUGGAUUAAAUAUGUUGAUCAAGAAUCUUCAGACGGGGAAAGAGCUUCUGUCAAAACUACUGGAGAUAAAGAAAUUAGCGAUUGGGAGGUAUUUUGUUUAACAGAAUAUGAACUUUUGAUGAGUGAAAGUGAACAAAUAAGUAAUGAAGAGGAAGAAGAGGAUGGAGUUGAGGAUGAAAAUAUUGAUUUAGUUCUAGAUGAAGAUGAUGAAUUAGAAUCUUCAUUGACAACAGCAUUAUUAAAUGAAGAAAGAGAUCAACGGCUACACGGAUUUUUACAACACCAACAAAAACAACAACAACAAAGUGGACAUUUAACUGCUUAAAU